GUGUCAUCCUCUGUUCUCUGCGGGGCAGGACCUAAACAGCUGCUCCGCAGUAAAACCAGCCCGGGUAUCCCAGCGCGUCUCCAAUCCGCUCCAAUCCUACAGGCUGUGCUACGUGCUCAGCUCACAACACUCGGCUUUUCUCUCUGACACAUCUCCGUUAUUUGUAAAGGAGUUCACCUGAUCCAUGUAAUUCACUUAAAUCCAAGAUUAUUGUGAAUAUUCACAGACAAAAGCAGAGCCUUUAUUUUCUACGUUUUAUUGGUGGAUUUGGAUUAAACGUGUUACAGUAAUUAAUUUGAUAUUUAUUUGUGAGCGGUUCUGUCUAGUAGACUCACCACUGCGAGGACAGGCUGAUCUUGACAGUCACAGCGUGCACCAGAAUCGCACGUCGUCACAGGACUCCGGGGAGAGUUGACAGAUUGCUCAGCUGGUGUUUGCAGCUGUAUCCUCGGCGCCAAAGCGAGAUACAUUACCAAGGAAGGCUUUAUCUACCGGUUGGAUGCCAUACGAGGCUUUGUAGGUCUUCUUUUAAUUGCCUCGACUCGUUCUCUUGGAUCUACACCUUGCUGUUUGGUUGUCAGUAUGGAUUUCCUACCGGCUCUUCUAUUCUUUUUUCUAUCCGCUGUCCCGUUGUCGGCGGACAAUGCGAACAGUAAAGCCCGGAGCUGUUUGGAUGUCCGACAGUUCUACAGCGGGAAAGGCUUCACCCUCAACGGGGUGCCACAGACAGAGAUAUCUGGUGAGCACCUGCGGAUCUGUCCCCAGGGGUACACCUGCUGUACCAGUGCCAUGGAGGAGACCCUGUCCAACCUGAGUCGCAGGGAGUUUGAGGGGCUGGUCAGAGAGGCAGGGCGCUCGCUACAGGCCUCCCUCAACACACAGUACAGGAGCUUCGACACGUACUUCACAGACCUCUUGAACAGAUCCGAGCGUUCCCUUCAAGAGUCCUUCCUGGCCACGCUGGGCUCUCUCUACUCCAAGAACGCCCCUGUGUUCCAGGACCUGUACGCUGACCUGCGUCGCUACUACCGUGGCUCCGCUGUCAACCUGGAGGAGACGCUCAACGACUUCUGGGCACGGCUGCUGGAGCGACUGUUCAAGGCCUCCUCCCUCCCACAGUACACUCUCACUGAUGACUACCUGGAGUGUGUGGCCAAGCAAACGGAGACCCUGCGGCCCUUUGGGGACGUCCCCCGUGACCUCAAGCCCAAGGUCACCAGGGCCUUCGUGGCGGCGCGGUCAUUCGUCCAGGGCUUGACUGUCAGUGGGGAGGUGGUCCGCAAAGUCUCCCAGGUUCCUCUGAGCCCAGAGUGUACCCGUGCUAUGAUGAAGCUUGUGUACUGCCCCCACUGUAGAGGCCUGGCCUCCGUCAAGCCCUGUGCCAACUACUGCAGAAACGUCAUGAAGGGCUGCCUUGCCAACCAGGCCGACCUGGACACCGAGUGGCAGAACCUCGUCGACACCAUGCUGCAGGUGGCGUCUAGUUUCAGUGCUGACCCCAGUGUGGAUGUGGUCAUCUACUCCCUCCCCAUCCGCAUCUCAGAGGCCAUCCUCUACAUGCAGGAGAACACAGAGGUCUUCACCAGCAAGGUGUUCCAGGCCUGUGGGACCCCCAGGGUGGCAGACACACAGAGCUCAGGGUCUGAGGAGAGAAAGAAGAGAGUGAACCCUGCCAGCACCGCAAUGGAGUACAAACCCAGCCCCACUGUAGGGGUCCCACUGGAGAUGCAGAUAUCUGAUGUGUCUAGUAAGCUGCGGGAGAUGCAGCAGUACUGGGUCCAGCUGCCAGCUGCUCUGUGCAAUAGUAAAGUGGCAGCAGGAGCAGCUGGUGACAAGUGCUGGAAUGGCAUGACCAAGGCCAGGUAUCUUCCUGAGGUGAUGGGUGACGGCCUGGCCAGCCAGAUCAAUAACCCCGAGGUGGAAAUUGACAUCACCAAGCCAGACAUGACUAUCCGCCAGCAAAUCAUGCAGCUGAAGAUCAUGACCAACCGGCUGAGGAACGCCCUCAACGGCAACGACGUGGACUUCCAGGAUGCCAGUGAUGACAUCAGCGGUUCAGGAAGUGGAAUGUGUACAGGCGAGUCAUGUGCUCGUAGCGGACCUCGUGUCAUUGUGCCCAAAACAGACAGCACCAGAUACUACAAUCCUCCCGAGAACAAGAAGGUGAAGGGCACAGGAACCCAGACCCACCCCUCUAUCCUCCUCCCCCUGCUCUCAUUGGCCACACUGCUGCUCAGGCGAUAAUGAACAGGUGGUGCAUCCAAUUGAGACUGUGUUUUGAGAUGGAAUAGAAGAGGAAAAAAGGGCGAUUGGUGGGUAACUUUGCCAAAUAGGAAAGGAUUGUCAUUGAAUAAAUGGACUACCUUUUUUUUGAUGAGAAAAAAAGCAAAGAACAUUAAUAUUCCUUUUUUUUUUUUGCUUGUUUAUAUUUUUUUAAUGUGGCAAGUAGAGCUGGUCUUUGGCUUCUUUUUAUUGUUUCUAUGCUUGGGUGGUGAACAAGGAUGGUUUACAUGCUAGAUGUGAUGUUUGGAUGCCACAGGCUUCUUAGUGAAUAUGCCAUUCUAAUGUAAAGUCAACGUGACCUUGUUGCAAUGUUCUAACAAUGCCAAUAACAGCGAUGUUGUGAGAACACUGUGAAA